UUGCUUGCGGCUGUAAAGUAUUUCUUUCCUCUGGUAAUAUUGAUACAAAUCAAAGAAAAAAUUGGCAUGGGUCUCCCCCAGUCCAUACCAGGCCCUUUCUACAUAGUGUGACCUGUUCUACGGAGGUGAUCAUUAGUGGGUUUUUUUUAACCAAGCUAAUUAUGUAAGCUUGUAACUAUGGCUAUAUAAUUUUGUUUUACUGGGACUAAAAACACCCUACUUAUAUGAUCAUUUUAUAUUCAGAAUAGUCCCUGAUGUGUGUACAGUAUUUUUGACUGAUUUUAAGAUACAGGGCUAUUUUUUUUAUCUUGAUGUUCAGCAUUUGCGUUAAAAGAUAUAGAGGAAGAGAUAGACGUGUUUGUGGUUGGAAACAAUGAUCAAAAGGAAGGAAAAGGAGUACUUCACUAUUAGCCACCUCAGAGAUAUAAAGACUAAAAUACACUUAAUGUAAACGUGUGGAACAGGACAUGGGGGUACAAUUGUCAGGUUAAAAGAAGAGAUAAAUUUGAACUUUGUGAGAACUCUGAAGAAUUUUUAGUAAACCACAGGUCAUCACAUUAAUAAGAAAAGAGAUACAUUGUGGUUGUUUCUUUGGAAGCACAACUUAGUUCAGCCAAUUUGAAGAAAUAAGAGUAAAGUAAGGGUCUUGUUAAAUACCCUACCCAAGUGGCAUUUUAUUUUUUUCUUGGUGUUGGAGUCUUGUAAGGAUGAAUUGCUCUGUUACAGUUGAUAAUCUGGAUUCACCUCUAAAUGUAUUUAGCCUUAUUACUUAUAUACUCCUUUUUUUCUUUGGUGCCACAUUCAACAUCAUUGCCCUCUGGAUUUUUUGUUGUAGAAUGCAGCAAAGGACAGAAACCACUGUUUUUCUAAUGAACCUGAUGGUUGCUGAUAUCUUGAUUGUAUUAACUUUUCCAUUCAGAAUCUAUAAUUUCUUAUAUGGAUGGAAACUCAACACUGGAUUGUGCAGAACACUAACAAUCUUCUACUUUGUAAACACUUACGUGAGCAUUUUCACAAUCUCAGCCAUUGCCUUUGAUCGAUACUUGGCCAUAAAUUAUCCACUGAAGUAUAAAGGCUCUAUGUCCCCCAUGAAAGCCUCUAUUGCAUGCUGUUUCUUUUGGACUCUAUGUAUUACUGUUGGCAUACUGAGGAUUCUGUAUCAAACCGGGGCAGGAAAUCCAAAUACCUGUUUCAUAAAGGUGGGCACAGAACCCAAUAAAUUGAACCUAGUUCUUGCAGGGAUUGGGUUCCUUCUCCCAUUGAUAUUCAUCUGCUUUUGUUUUGGAAGGGUCAUGAAAAAUCUGCGUGUCAAAGCACCAAUGAACCUCAAAGAGCAGCAUGCCUUUAGGAAAGCAAUGAACAUUACUGCCUCUAAUUUUGUGAUUUUUGUGGUCUGUUUCCUGCCAAUCCAUGUGGGAUACAUAGUACGCUAUGUUGCUGAAAGCAACCAUGCACCCUGCCAUAGUCUUAAAUCAAUAAGUGUCUUCAUAAAUAUGGUAACAAUCAUUGCUAAUGCUAACUGUGUCCUGGACACCGUGUGUUAUUACUUUGCAGCCACUGAAUUUCGAAAUGCUCUCUCUAAACCAAUACAAAUUUCUCCAAAGUGCAGCUCCUUCUGUUGUCACAAAUGAGCUCACGAAUGGCGUCCUUAUAAAAACUGGUCAUUUAUAUGGGAAGCUACCUGAACAAUUGGGAUCUGAGGUCCAGAAGAUACAAAAGAAGCAAAAUCAAGUCAUAAAUAUAAUUUGAUGAUUUUGAUGAUUUCAAACAGUAAGUUUGCUGGCCAAUAUAAAGCUGACAAAAAAGUUGUAGGCCCAAUUUACAUUUUAUUCAAAUCAGUUCUUAUUAAAGGGGCAGAGUUUAAAUACAGUGGGCUGGAUUCAGAUAGAAUGGUCUAUCAUUUUGCCGGCGUAACGUAUAUCAGAUACGUUACGCCGCC